UGUCAAGGAAGGAGAGUACUAGUAGCCACGAGGAAGAUCCAAGCUUCAUCAUCUUGGGUAUCAAAGAGAAGCUCGUUUGCUGUUGUUGUUGUGUAGGCAGGUCUGAGAAUCCCGCUAUCUUCCUUCUUGAGAGGCCACCCGUAGCCCGGUUCAAGAACCCGUCAAACCAGACUUCGCUUGGGACACUUCGCUUUUGGAGAUCCAAAUUAGCCAGCCAAAAUGCUUCCACAUGCAAUUUGUGGCAUCAGUUUGAGACGUGCCUUGUCGCCUCCAUUCAUUUUGGCCGAAGGCGAACCCAAGCCAACCAAACCUUUCUCGCUUCGCCAUCUCAUGUACUCGUAACCAACUGUAACACCAACCUCAUUCCAGUACAUAGAAUUAAUUCAGAGAGAAACGAUAGUCUAGUACGAUUUGAUACGCAACGAUGGCAGAACAAGAGAAACGAACGUGUCGCGUCAUGGUGAUUGGGUCUAGCAAACCCCGUCUGGCCAAGGUCAUGUCUCUGUUGCUACCCCUCGAACAAGAACCACAACAACACGAAGAAUCGUCGUCCAGUAUUUCGGUGGAAUAUCUCCCCUGUGUGGCCGCCUUUGAUUCGUACGAAGAUGAACACGGCAAGCCAAUUCGCUACCUGACGAGUGUGAACUAUCAUGGAUCCGAUGGUGCCGACAAAGUGGGAUCCAGUUUGGCGCCCUUUUUCGAUCAAGAGCCGGCUGCACCCGAAAAUGAUAAUAUUGACGAGACCAAGAAGAAGAAGAGCACCCGGCAAUCAUCGUACCUGGGCAUUUUAGGAGCCGCCGUGGGGAUGGGCAUUGAAGACUCGGACGAUAUCGACAAACUACAAACCUUUUUUCAAACCUUACGAAGCCGACUGCCUCUGAAAGUAGUGCAGCCGUCUCCACCCUUUCCAUCCAUGAAGGAAGAGACGGCAGCCUUCCGGGCAUUAUCGCCCGAGGAAAAGGAAGAAAUGGCGUUGCAACAGACCAUGGGACCGGCCAAAAUGGCAAAAUUUGCAUACAAGUAUGCCCACAAUGAUUUGAUUCAAGCCAUACUCGAUCAGGAACGAGACGAACGGGAACAAGAGUUGAAACAAGAACGACAACGACAAGAAGAAGAAUUGCGUCGCGAGGAGGAAACACGACAACAAUUAUUACAAGCAGCACAACAGGCGCCAAUCAUAAUGGACGAAACCAAACCUCGUUUUGCGUGUCGGGUAUGCCGAACGGUGCUGUUUGCCCAAGCCGAUUUGGAGACUCACGAUCCUGCCAAACACAAGUUUCGUCAGUACACCAAAAAACAACAGGCAUCGUCGUGCCAAUCGUACUUUUUGACCGACGGUGGGUGUCCCUGGGCGGGAGACAUGGCUGACGUGGAAGGACGAUUGCAUUGUCCCAAAUGCCAAACCAAAGUGGGAACCUGGCAUUGGGCGGGUGCCCAGUGUUCUUGUGGUACGUGGGUCUCUCCUGCCAUUCAAGUCCCCAAGAGCAAGGUGGAUACUCUGAAUCCCUUGCUGGGCGGAGAAGGAGGCAACAGUAUGUUUCCGCCGGGGACCGUCAUUAGUCCCUUUAUUGCAGCCGCAGCUACGGUACCUCCAACAACAACAUAGAGCACAGUCGAACUUUGUGACAUGGCACUCCUGAAACCGUCACCGGCUACUAUAGUAUGUGGCCAUGAACAUUGUACUGCUUUGCCCGAAAGAUAUAGUGUUGCAUAUUUUAGUAAACAUAGUGUAGCUCUAGUAGGGAAACAAAUUAUCGAGACUGU